GAAACCAGUUCCUUUAGGAACGGGGCCUGCAGUUUUUCCAGGGCGCCUAAACAGCUCCUCCCUCCUCAGCGGAACCAAAAUGCGAGGAGUCGCACGGGGAGGUACGCCGAAGCGGGAGUGGAGCCGGAGGAGACAUGAGCAGCACUAAGGACAUAACCUGCAGGUAUUUUAUGCAAGGAGUAUGCCGUGAAGGAAGUAGAUGCCUAUUUUCCCAUGAUUUGUCUACAAGUAAACCAUCUACCAUCUGCAAGUACUACCAGAAAGGACAGUGUGCUUAUGGAACUUGCUGCAGGUAUGAUCACGUUAGGCUUCCUGUACCUGCUGCAUCCAGCGGCAUCAUGGGCACUAGGACACCUUAUGCCUCUGCACCACUAUACCACAGCCCUAACUCUCGGCUGGAGCAAAAUACACCUGUGAUCAAAAGUAAAGUAUAUGAGCCUGGAAAACGUGAAAAGAAAACAUUAGUGCUCAGGGACAGAGAUUUAUGUGGAUCAAAUGAGGAUAGGACAAGAUCUAGCACUGUGAGUGACCCUCCACGCUGUGGCAUUCAGAAUGAUACUCCAGAAACAAAGCCUCACUCGUACCUGGAUGCCAUCCGCAGUGGGCUUGAAGAAGAUGUUACUGAACCAGGAAGCUCAUAUUCCGAUGGUGAACAGCUGUGUCCUUAUGCUGCUGCUGGCAUAUGCCAGUUUGGUGACCAGUGUCUUUACCUCCACGGGCAAGUGUGUGAAAUCUGUGGGUUGCAAGUACUUCAUCCCUUUGACCCAGAACAGAGAAAAAUGCAUGAGAAGAUGUGCAUGGCAACAUUUGAACAGGAGAUGGAGAAGGCUUUUGCCUUUCAGGCAAGUCAAGACAAGGUGUGCAGUAUCUGCAUGGAAGUAGUGUAUGACAAACCGUCAGCAUCUGAAAGAAGAUUUGGCAUUCUUUCUAACUGCAAUCACACAUACUGCUUGUCCUGUAUCCGGCAGUGGAGGGGCGUCAAGCAAUUUGAGAAUCCCAUCAUAAAGUCUUGUCCAGAAUGCCGUGUGAUCUCAGAGUUUGUAAUUCCCAGUGCAUAUUGGGUGGAAGACCAGACCAAAAAGAAUGAACUGAUUGAAGCGUUUAAGCAGGGCGUGGGGAGAAAGGCCUGCAAGUAUUUCGAGCAGGGUAAGGGGACCUGUCCCUUUGGGGGGAAGUGUUUGUACCUUCAUGCCUAUCCAGAUGGGAGACGGGCUGAACCAGAAAAACCAAGAAAACAGCUUAGCUCUGAGGGCACCGUCCGGUUCCUCAACUCUGUACGCCUCUGGGACUUCAUCGAAGACCGAGAAAACAGGACAUUACCAGUGGCAGACAAUGAUGUAACAGAGAUUGGAGAGCUUUUUAUGCAUCUUUCUGGAGCGGAUGCUGAAUCUGCUGCUCCACCCUAGAGUUCCACAAGGUCUCCGCCAUGUUCUCUUGUGUCAGCCCUUCUGUUUCUUAAUUAACUUUAUACUACUUACCACAAUAUUAGAAUUACUGUGCCAUGGAGAGUGAGGUCCUGGUGAGAUUCUAGUACAAGUGUGCCACUGUGAAGCAAAACUGCUGCAGCGUAAGCAAAGGAAUGCUCAGAAUAAACAUGGUAGUUGUCAUCCCAAAGAGAGAAACCUCUUUUUCUAAAGCACGACAGCAAAAAAGCUCCCUAACUGAACUGACAGCUCGCUUCCUGGUUUUAUCAAAAAGCCUGCUGCUGUGUGCAGGUAAACCAAGUAGAGACCGAUUGUAGUGUUUAAGCAUCAUUGUAACACAUUAAUAAAGGCAGGGAGAACAAAUACCUACUAGAGAAUAUUACGUGUACUGCAGUGUAGCUUUGUUAUUAAAGUCAUUUCUUGUUAAAAUAUUUUAAGCAAGAAUUGCCUAGGUCUUGCUGAGUGCAAUAUGGAUACUUACAGUGCAAUCCUAUGCAUGUCUAUUCAGAAGUAGACACUGGGUUCAAGGGGGGGGGGCUUGCUUCCAGAUGUGUGUGCAUAGGACUGCAGCCCUCGGGCUCAAUCCAGCAUGGAUGCCUGUAGCCCCCCAACCUCAGAGGAGCACAACUCUCCUGUCAAGGGCAGAAGGCACACAGAGGCAAAGAUUUCAGUCGUCCAAGUGUCUUGCGCCCGUUUGCAAGAACAGGCUAAGGGGCCACAAAGAUACAUCCCUCAGCAGCAGAAUCUCUUUCCACACCCCACACCCCACCCCACCGCAGAAUUGCAGCUCUGGCCUCCGAGUGCAUUUUCAGGCUUGGAGCUGGAAGUCAGGCGUUCCCUGUGGCCCUCUAGACAGCAUCUGCAGCCAUAACUAAUUGCAGCAGGAGCCAUGUGCUCUAGUAGUCCUACUGAUUAUGCCCCCCUCUCACUUGGUUGGUAUACAUUUUGUCUUUUCUACAAACCUAAAUGUAGUUCAGAAAAUUCCAGGGAUACUAGUCCAGUCAGAAGAAAUAGUAUUUGCAUAACCUCUCCAGCCAACAACUUACAUUUAUUUGGUACAUGGGUAGAGAAUCCUUACACCAUUCAGUUCUUCCUCUGCCUCCUCUGUUACUCUGUGAAGGGCAUUCUGAACAUGGCUUUCUGCCUUGGUUAAGGUAUUGUAUCAAAUAGUGAAGCAGGUUAUAUGUUAAACCCAUAUAUGUAAACACUGUGUUUUUCUAUAUUAUUAGUAUUAUGUCUCAUCCUUUAAUAAAAGUGUGACUGAGCCCCAUGCCAUAUAACUUUAAAAUGUAACCACCAAGAGUUUGAAAGCUGCCCAGAAAUCCAAUGAAAUGGGUUUUAAGACAGGGUUCCCCAUGAGCCUAUUUAGGAAUAGGAGAUUGUGGAUUGCCGCCUUGCUGUCUGCCUAGCACAUCUGUGGAUCUUACCCCCCAAAAAUUUGUUUUGUGUCUGUUGGACACUGCAACUUCUCUUUAAUAAAGGUUUGUCCAGCCCCAAGUGAAA